AUGAACAAAACAUUGUUCUACACCUUCCUUCAAACAAAACACCAAGAAGAAAACGCCAACUCAUCAACAUAUUCGAAUCAUCCACUACUUCCUCAAGAGAUCGAGAUCCGACCCAUAACUCCAGUCCCUUGGGAUAUCGUGAAAACCCUAUCAAUUGAUGAGCUAUGGACCGGAGGCAAGUUUCAGUUUCCAAAGGAGCAAAUCUAUGCUAUGCUGAGACACGAACGACGAGGUGACAUAUCUCUCCAACAUGCAUGUGUGUUCAUUCGUUCUAUCAAUGAUUUACGGGUGAAGGAUCUCGAUACAAACACAUACCACAAUGUUACGUUGUGGAAGCACCCGCAUGAAGAUACUUUCUCUAUGCGUGAAUCUUGGAUCGAAGAGUUUGUGAGGAGGAGAAGACUUGUGCCUGGCAUGGUGGUUGGUAUGUAUUGGGAUUUCAACGCUAGCUUGCUUUGUUUCUCUGUGUUAGAGUGA